AUGUCUAACGCACUACGAUCGGAUGUUCUUAUUGUAGGCGCUGGCGCCUCAGGAUUGUACGCUGCUUUACUUUUAGCGAGCAUGGAUGUCUCUGUUUGCAUCAUUGAUAGCAAGCCAUCACCCGCAUUGACAAACAACAGCACAGACGAGUCAUCAUCAUCCUUGCUAAUCUCACCGCACACCUUGCAAUAUCUACAAGCACAUCAACUUAUUGAACUUCUAAUGGAAAAUGGGAUGCGACAUUGGCGUUUUCAAACAUACCUUAACCAGGGACAAGGGGCCAAUGCAGCAUCAGUAGAACGGCAAAGUUACCGUGUCUGGGAAAGAAAAGGAUCACAGUUUAAUUGGGCCUUGUCUUGUGAUGCAGCACAUCUUGAAGACGUCCUAAGAGAUACUUUACACACACGUCAACACAUCCAAGUCGAAUACCAACAUGAACUCGUCAAUCUUCAAGACAUGAUGACCAGCAACGGUCCUGCUACUCCCGAUGAGCCCAUUGACUAUCCAAUCGUUGCCAGCAUUAAAGACCUUUCCACUGGAAGACUCAGUUGCCACCGUUCACGCGUUGUACUUGGUGCCGAUGGUGUCAAUAGCUUUGUAAGACAAAAAAUAGGAUGCAAGCAAAGGUGUGGUGGCAAGUCAGGCACGUUUUACACGCUCAAAGUAUCGGCAGAAGGCAACUUUCCCGGCAUGCGUGCAUUGUCAGUGGUCACCAAGGACAACAAGGCUGUUAUGCUUGUUGGCCACCGAAAGCACCUCAUCAUCACCAUGGAGGAGCAUUCAGAUUGGAGCCAGUUUUCUUUACUUGAUCACGAUGAUUUGCUACUUCAAGCUAUAGAAGCUCAUGUCAAAUCCAUCCUUCAACCUUAUGACAUCAAAUUCUCCAAGGUGCACUCCUAUAAGCGUUGGCAAGCCAAUGAUCCUAUGACCGAUAUCUUCAGCCUUCAUCGUCGAUAUUUCAUUGUUGGCAGUGCAGCACAGCGAUUGAGUCCACAUGACAUGCUUUCUGUCAAUCUUGCAUUUGAUCAAGUCCACAACCUCUGCUGGAAGCUGAAUUUGUACCUGAAGCAUUAUGCAUCGCCACACAUCCUCGAUACGUAUGAUAUUGAAGCCCGAUCGCAUGUGAGAGAUUAUAUGAUGGUGUCCAAUGCCAUGUUGGCUUUGAUCACUUGUGGCGACUACAAGGAAGAAAAGGAUGGUGAUGAUGACCGAGGCAGCGUUGCCAGCACAGCAACACAGCGAAUGAAACGAAGCGGCAGCUGGUUCAUUGGUGGUGCACCUUAUCCUUCGAGCAGCAUAAGCAAUUCCUUGACAAUUGCUUAUAAUUCCAAGCUGAAGCCAUACACUGCCCAACGACUCGUUUCUCAAAAUGUCAAACCAAAAGGAAGCCGAUCAUCCACGUCUAGCUCAAUGUCUGAUCCCGCCAGCAGCGUGGUUUCAAUCACCAAUAGCAGUACCGCUUCCAUGUUGUCAAGAAGUCGCUCGUUGACAGGGUUGAAUGGUAAACAUCGAUCACUUCCUAUGGCUGAUAUGAACAACCUUGAAAAUGGAAGCUCAUGGCUCUUUCGAAAACCCGUCUUUCGGAACAAGACCAAGGUUAAAACUCGAGGAUAUCAACACUACGACCAAGAUUCAGUUGUUGUUGCACCGCACGUAGAUCGAUGGCGGUUCAUCAAAGCCAACCAUUAUGACCUUCUUGAUCGUAUCACUGCCGAUCGCAAUACACCAGGCUGCUUUACCAUCUUGAUCUUUUGUACAUCUAUCACUGAUUGCCAACAUGCUUUGCAACAACUCAAGCAGUACUUGGAUUUGCCAUCAUCAAUCAUGCAAUACGACAUUCAUCCGAGCCAUCAACAUCGCCAACAAGAGCAACAACAACAACCUCAACAACCAUUGACCCGCCCUCUUUCAUCAUCGUCUUCCACCGAAUCAACCAUGUCUUCUCCUCGAUCUUCCUCUUCUAUCAUGUCAGCAGGCAGCCGUCUAUCUCGAUUCUUCUCAUCAUGGUCAUCUGCAUCAUCUCAUAGCACAGUGUCAGUACCAUCUUUGUCAUCCAGCAACACAGCGCCUUGCACGACAUCCAGUAUGCCAUCUUCUUUGUUUUCGUUUGUUUAUAUCACCUCUUCCACACGACAAGAAGUGGCCGACUUCCUCUCUAUAACACCUCCCAACAUCCUUCGUCACAUGUUUCCUCAUGGGCUUGAACGGCUCUAUUUGGAUCACGAUAAUCAGGCUCAUUCAUCCUACAGCAUCAAUGAACCCACCCUUGUCAUUGUGCGACCUGAUGAUUACAUGGGCGCACGGAUAAGGCUUCCUUGUCAACUACCGGGAUUGGGCCGUUACUUUGAUAGAUUCAUGGUGCCUCCCGUUGAUAUGGAUUCUGCCGCUGCCGAUGUAGCCGCUGAUUUUUACUUUUGA